AUGGCCAGCGACAAGCAGCAAGAGGAGGCUGCUGCAGAGAUGCGUCUCCUGUUGGAGGGCACGCCUGAGCAGAAGAUUCGCGCAUGGCUCGAGCCCACCAUCAACAAGCACGAUGGAUGUUUCCGAUCAGGUAACUGGAUGGCAGAUCUGGUGCCGCAUGUCACCGUGCACUCGUUGUCACCAGAAACCAACACCAUCACUCUGCACUUCACGCCGCAGUCGCAGCACUGCAAUCGCCAUCACAUGCUCCACGGCGGCGCCAUGGCGACGCUCUUUGACUUCCUGACGACACUCGCGCUGUGCUUCGUCAACGACAAGCCGGGAUUCUGGAGGUAUCUGGGCGUCACGCGAACCCUGAACACGACGUACUUCCGGCCCGUCGCGCAGGGCGAGGUUGUCGCCGUCGAGGUCUCCAUCCUGCAGGUGGGCAAGAAGCUUGCGACCCUCAAGGGCGAGAUGAGGCGCCUCAGGGACGGUGCGUUGAUGGCCGUAUGCGAACAUGGCAAGGUCAACACCGACGCAGACUAUGCCAAGUCCAAACUGUAG